AUGUUGACACCUCGCGUCGUCGUCUUGACAUUGGCCUAUUCGGCGCUGCGAUGGACCGCUCUCUCCCAAGACCCUUCUUCCUCCUCUCCUUUACGGUCGUCAUUCUUCGUCUCGGCCCAUUCGGGUCCUGAGUCAGGGACAGCUCAUGAUGCAGCUGCUGCAGCAGCAGCUGGUCGGCCUGCGCACGAGAACGACGUCUAUGCUGCCGCGGAUGGGGAAUCACUUUCGUCGGUCUACGAGCGUGCAGCUUGGGUCGAUGAUGGUGACCUCCCACAAGAUGAACAGUUCAUGAUUGGAGGUGAUAGUGUUCUGAGGAAUUUGGGUCACGUUGGGUCCAUGUUGGAUAAUGAAGGGAGUGGGGGCGAUCUGGAUAAACGAUGGCCACCGAAUCCAAAAUGGACGAUGAGGACAUCUCCCGCGGCGACGACACCUUCCCGCACGACGACAAAGGGCAAUCCUGCCACUCCUGUGGUACCUCAAGCUACUACAACGACAACGACGACCAGAACCACGACCACGACACCAAGAACGACAACCACGCCGAAAACGACCCCGGUGCAAAACCCCAGUGUCACAACGACGGCAACGGGGUACACUCUUCCCAAACCUCCUUCGUCGACAUGCGGGGCUCCUUAUUAUAGCAACACGGCUGGGGGUGUAAUAUAUGGUGCGAGAAUCGGGAACGUCGCAUGGCGAGCUGUGCCGACUUCGUUCGUCAAGAGGAAUGGAGCUUAUUUGACUCUCGAUGGAAAAGGGUACCGGAUCGUUGGGCCGAGUACGUGGAAGCUACGCUGUAUCGUUCAGCAGCUUGAAGGGCUUACAGUUCAUUUGGUGCUCUUCCUUCAGAUGCUUACUGGCUCGGCUUGGACGAGAACGUCAACUACGGGAUCAGCUACCCGGACAAGAGUCGAAUCAGAGAGGUGAUGGCCGUAACGGUUGCUUUGGGCGGCAACACGAUUCGCUCGCAUUCGUUGGGUGUCAGGUCAGUCUUAGGAUCAAGAUCUUGCUCUUCUUGAUCUCUACUGACGUCGUUUAUGCUUCUUUUCGCCAGCACUGGCAACUCGUUGAGUGUCUGGCCUAGCGCUUACAGUACCAACUUAAAGGCUGUGGGUCUGGGCGGCUUGAAUCGCCGUGGUUUUUGUUGUGGAUGCUGAGUACGGGGUCGCGUUCCUAUUCAGUUCGAUACUAUUGACUAUGCGAUCUACGCUGCAAGAGCUUAUGGCCUUCGGUUGAUCAUUCCGUUCACGGGUGGGUUCAUCUUCUCGCCUCGCGGUUGUAACUGGAGCACAUGAACUGACUUCGCGUUGUACCACAUAUCCCGGCUUUAGAUCAAUAUACGUAUUGUAUGCGCGACCGUAGCGUCAUUUCGCCAUCCGCUUUAAUGCUAAUGAAUAUUGUCAAUUCUGCACCCAGACCAUGGAGGCAAAUACGACUUUAUAAGGUCCGUCUGGGAUAGAUCAUAGCUGCGCAGCGUAUCUCCGUGCAAUCCCCCAAUGACCUCGCUGCCUUUGGUGUUACAGGUGGGCCGGAGGGGACACCUCGGACGGCAACUCGUUCUAUUGGAACUCGGACGUCGUGAAGAUUUUCAAGGAUUACAUCAAAAUGUAUCUGAACCACGUCAAUACCUACACCGGAGUUGCAUUCAAGGACGAUCCGACGAUCUUGGGCUGGGAGACCGGAAACGAGUUCGGCGCUUACAUGCUUGGUGCCGGCGCGCCUCCCGCCACCUGGACGUCCAACAUUGCCUCUUAUAUCAAGUCAAUCGCACCGAACCAUCUCAUUUUUGAUGGCACCAAUGGCCUCGUCGACUCGAGCGGGUUCCUCCGAAACACCGGUGUGUCGGUCGCCAACGUUGACGUCGUGACCGACCAUUUCUAUCCGGCACUCGACUGGCUUUUGUCCAAGGACCAGACGAUGAUGGGAUCCUAUUCGAAGAGUUUCUUUGUCGGUGAACUGGACUGGACGGGAAUGAAAGGGGGAUCAGAUAUGGCGUCGUUCUAUUCGACGAUCGAGAGUUGGGGCUCGUCCGGAUCGAUGGCAUGGAAUCUUAUGUCCCGGGAUGGACAGUGCUGCAACUGGAUCUAUCAUGUGCGCCCCAUUCGGCCAGAUUCCAGAUUCAAGCUCGCGAAGUUUUUACUGACAGUUUACCUCCUUACAGAACGAUGGUUACUCAAUCUACUACCCGAACGGACACACCCAAGCCGAGCAAGCCUCGCUGCUCGCGUUGGCGCAGCACUGGCAUCGCAUGCGUGGCCUAACACCCCCUACCGUGCUGGCCGCGGUGGCCUGUCCUCAACUGCCUAUCCCUUCAUAG